CUAAUAAUGUAGGAUAUAGAAGAAUUUCUAAACCCUAAAACAUGAUGAACUCUUUAAAAGAAAACAUUUUAUACACUUAUUCAUUUUCUGUACUUGUUUCUUAUUCAAAUUUUCGAGAAAGCUUCUUUCUAACAAUGUAGGAUAUAGAAAAAUUCUAAACCAUAAAACAUGAUGAACUCUUUAAAAGAAAACAUGAUUAGUUUUAUACACUUAUUCAUUCUAUAAAUAGUUUCAACUUUCUAUUGUAUAGUCGCAGUUAACAACAACACUAUUUCUUGCAACGUCAGUUACUAAUUACAAAAUUUUGAAUAGACACUAAAAAGUUACAUAUAUAGUCUUUUUUAAUUUCAUUAAAAUUGAAAAUAUACAAACAAGAACAACAUCAAACCAGAGAGAACAACCACAAACUACAACAAUUACGUGAAAGCACAAAUGAAUGUGUAGGCCAAGACCAAUGCAGGAAGCCAGAUCUCAAACCCAAGAGGAUAGUUAGGAGCACAAGAACACAUCCAAGACCAGCAGCAAUAGGCAGACUCCCCAGGGCAACGCAAGAGCAGACAUGGAGGCUAGACAUUGGUGAAUCCAGCACUCAAGACCAGCAGCAAUAGUCUUCUUUUCAAUAUAUAAAUAGUAUAUAAAAAAAGAGUUAUAAAAAUAGGCAAUACUUCACGUCGCCAAAUAUUCAACACUUUCUGAUAAUUUUACUUCAAAAUUCUAUAAUGAGCAACGAUAACUUUGUUGAAGUAAUUUAAUUUAUUGAAAUUGGACAUAUUACUAUUCUAAUUAUUUUAAAUACAACCAUGAUAUAUAGUUUUUAUCAAUAAUGGGAAAACUAUACUUCUAUUGAGACGACUUAGACUUUUUUCUUUGAAAUUUGAUAAAAUACACAUCGCAUUAGUUUUUUAGCACCAUGAGAAUUCCACCUCACCAACAAGGGAUCGAGAUCUAAGAUAAUUCAAAGGAUUUUAGAUUAAUCAAAUAAUCCAGUCUCCAUGUGAUCCACUCAUACACUAUUUUUUUGUCACCUGAGUAGACUUAUAACAAAAUGUCUAAGUUGGGUCUUAACUUUGUCAUUUGUGACCACAAAAUUUAAUUUUGUUAAAUUUAAUCAUUCACUAAAAAAGUCUAGUUUUACUUCCAUAACUUUAUACUUUUGUCAUAACAUGAAUAACCAAAUACUAGAAAACCAUUGUACAAAAUUUGUUAAUUAGGUACAACAAAAUUUCAGGCAUCAAUUAAAAAUAAACAUUGAUCAAGGUUUUUUUUGCUUGUAGUACAUUUCGAGUUAUAUACUAAGAAAAAACUUGAUCAAAGUUUAUCUAUAUUGUUAUUGCCUGAAAUUUUAUUUUCCACCUAAUUAACCAUUAGUUUUUUUUAUUCUUUUAAACAGAAGGGCAUAUUAAUAGAAAUAUAGAAUUAUACUUUUUGAGUGUAUGAUCAUUAAUUAAAAUUAAAUAUUGAUCAAGUUUUUCUUAGUAAAUAUAAGCUAACUAAAAUGCUUAUUGUAGAAAAAACAUGAAAAGAAGUAAAAUGGUACAGGCUCUUCUCUUGUUGCUUACUUGCAUGAGUUUAUGACGACUAUAGUAUAAACCCGAUCUUUGGAGGAGCAACAUUUUUUUGGACUAAUUUGGAGGAGGAACUUACGUGAAAUAAAAUUUAAAAAAAUUCUCAAAUACACUCAACCAACUAAUAAUAACAUACCUCCAAAAAAAAUUUAUCAAACAAAAUUUUUACUCACUAAUUGAAGUCUAUAAAAAGCUGUGUUAAGAGAUGUUUUUCAUCACAACUCACCAGUCUCUCUUUUCCUCUUUCUCGAUCUAAAAGGUCGCUACGAUGAUGGCUUCGACUUUUCAAGAAAACUGUAUUUCAGUAAUCAACGGAGCUCCAAGUUGGGCUGUUUUCUUUCUUUUUGAUCUUCUCGACAAUUUUCUCUGCAUCGUUUUCAGAUUCCUCGACCAAGUUAUGGAAGAAAAACUAGAGUCAUGCCAGUGUAAUAAUCCUCAAGAGACAUCCGGAUACGAGUUUCUUUCAGACCAUCAACACUUGUCCGAGACUCUUUACCGUAGGAGAAACAUUUUCCGACAAGCCGGUUUUCUCCGGUUUGCUAGAAAACUCCCAGAGAUCACCAAGAAAAUCGGUAUAGCUACUUUCUUGAGAAAUUUCCUUUUUCCCGAUAAAAUGAAGAAAGUCCCUCGUGAGGUUGCAAACAGAUGGUCUGAUUGUGGUUGCAAGAAUUGUGUUUCUUGGACUAGCACCGAUCAACUUAACGUGAUCGUCAAGCAACCUUCAGUAUCUUCAGAUUUAUCAAUGAGCAACAAACUGGUAGAGAACGUUAUUUUCAUACACGGAUUCUUAGCAUCUUCAUCGUAUUGGACCAACACGGUGUUCAAAUAUCUACCAGAUACCACGGAGAAAACUAACUACAGAUUCUUCGCGGUCGAUCUUCUAGGGUUUGGAGACAGUCCAAAACCUAGAGACUGUCGAUAUUCGUUGCAAGAACAUGUUGAAAUGAUCGAGAAAUCGGUUAUUUUACCAAACAAUCUGACUUCAUUCCAUGUUGUAGCACACUCCAUGGGAUGCAUCGUUGCAGUAGCCUUAGCUGCCAAAUUCUCCGGUAGUGUCAAGUCCGUCGCUUUAGUAGCUCCGCCGUACUUUGGUGAUAAAGAAGGAGCAAGUUGUGAUGCUCUUGAUGUGAUAGCCGAGAAGAAACUUUGGCCUCCAACUUCGUUUUUCUCAGCGAUGAUGGCUUGGUACGAACACAUUGCACGUGGGGUUUGCUUUGUUGUGUGUAGGCACCACCGUACAUGGGAGAAGAUCAUCAAAAUUAUAACUUGGAGAAGUAAACUACCAAUGGCGAUAACCGAACUGACCAAGCACACGCAUCAGUCGUCAUGGCAUAGCAUGCACAAUGUGUUAUGCGGAGGAGCAAAAUUCACGGAUAAACACCUUGAAAGUUUGAUAAAUUCCGGUGUUAAAAUCAGUGUGGUGCAAGGGAAUAAAGAUGCUGUGGUUCCUAUUGAUUGUCUAUGGAACAUGAAAGCUAAGUUCCCGGCGAUUCAAGUUGAAGUUAUUGCCGGAACCGAUCAUAGUUCGGUGAUAAUGAGUAGAAUAGAGGUCUUUGUUACAAACCUUGUUAAGUUGUGGGCUUCUUCCGGAAAGAAACAAAACUAGUGGAAAAUGCCUAUAAGAUUUAAACUUUAUAAUAAAGUCUUCAAACGUCAAAA